AUGCUGGAAUCUGUAUUAUAUUAACAAGCACUGCAGCUGGGAGCUGGGGAGAUGGACAAAUCCUGGCUUUGGGAGGUAGAUGCAAGGGCUGUUCCUUCUUACCAUCUCCAUCUUCCUGGGGUUGAGCCAGACCAGGAACCCCAAAGGCAAGAGGAAGGGGCAAGGGCGGCCUGGGACCCUGGCCCCUGGGCCUCACCAGGUGCCACUGGACCUGGUGUCACAGGCGAAACCGUAUGCUCGCAUGGAGGAGUAUGAGAGGAACCUUGGGGAGAUGGUGGCCCAGCUGAGAAACAGCUCCGAGCCAGCCAGGAGGAAGUGUGAGGUCAACCUGCAGCUGUGGCUGUCCAACAGGAGGAGCCUGUCCCCCUGGGGCUACAGCAUCAACCACGAUCCCAGCCGCAUCCCCGCGGACCUCCCGGAGGCGCGGUGUCUGUGUCUGGGCUGCGUGAACCCCUUCACCAUGCAGGAGGACCGCAGCAUGGUGAGCGUGCCCGUGUUCAGCCAGGUGCCCGUGCGCCGCCGCCUCUGCCCGCCGCCGCCACGCACUGGGCCCUGCCGCCAGCGCGCGGUCAUGGAGACCAUCGCUGUGGGCUGCACCUGCAUCUUCUGAACAUCCGGGCCCAGGCGCCAGGCUGGCAAAUGCAGAUCGCCUUCCCUGCAACCCGUACCAAGCAAGGCCUAUGAAAAGUAAAU